ACUUGACUGAGGAGAAAGACAGAGAGACGUUUGCUUAAGUUUGUGUUGAGAGAGACUCCACUCAACAGUUGAAAGACAAAGCCAGAAGAUGAGACUCAGCCUGGUGUUAGCCGCUCUUCUCUGCUUCACCACAUGGAUGAGCGUGGGCCAUGCAACCCCUAGACCGGUGUCCAGCUGUUGUCUCGGGAGGUCCGACACCAUGGUCCAAUUUAAGCGAAUUCUGAAUUACACCAUUCAGACUGAUGGCGUCUGUCAAAUCACAGCCGUAGUGUUUCUGACAAAGCUUGGAAAGAGGAUUUGCUCCGACCCUAACAGUGACUGGGCAAAGAGAACCAUUCUGAAGCUGGAUGAGGAGAAGAAGAAAGAGAAAGCAUUGCAAGAGCAGGGACAAUAUGAAGAAGGAUCAACAAGCGACAUCACACCAACAGUGUCCACUACAUCAACAAGCGCACCACAGAGGAAAGGCAGAAAGGGAAGGAGACGCCGUGGGUGAAGAAUCACUGGACAAAUUGAAGUUACCACAGUCAGCAAACAUUACUCGUCCCGCUUUAUUGCAUGAAUAGUAAACAUUACUGUCAUUGUCUUGUAUUACUUCCUGAAUCUAUAACUGAAUAUGCAAUGUAUACUUAAAUAUAUGUUGAUCGUGCCUUUUUGUCAUAAAUGUAUUUAUGUCUAUCAAAAGAACAUCAUUUUUAACCUUUUCCAGUCAUUUGCCAAUAAAGUCUUCUUGAGCAGA